UGAGAAGUCAUCCAAUUCCUUUAGCUGAGAAGGAAAACAGAAGCCAGGAUGCUCAGCCUUCCUAUGAUGCUGCUUCUCUGGGCUGUGGGGUCUCACAGCUUCCCAGCAGCAAUUUCAGAAACCCAAGAGCAAGAUGAGGAGAUGGUCCAGAAAUACCUAGAAAACUACUACAACCUGAAGAGCGAUGGGAAGCAAAUUGAAAGGCGGAGAAACAGUGGCCCACUGGUUGAAAAGCUGAAGCAAAUGCAGGAAUUCUUUGGAUUGGAGGUGACUGGGAAGCCAGAUGCUGAAACUCUAAAUAAGAUGAAGGAGCCCAGAUGUGGGGUGCCUGAUGUGGCUCUGUUUGUCCUCACUCCAGGGAACCCUCAAUGGAAGGACACAAACCUGACCUACAGGAUUGAAAAUUACACACCAGAUCUGCCAAGAGCAGAUGUGGACCACGCCAUUGAGAACGCCUUUCAACUGUGGAGUAAUGUCUCACCCCUUACCUUUACCAAAGUCUUUAAGGGUCAAGCAGACAUAAUGAUAUCCUUUGUCAGGGGAGAUCACCAUGAUAAUUCUCCCUUUGAUGGACCUGGAGGAAAUCUUGCUCAUGCUUUUCAGCCAGGCCCUGGUAUUGGAGGGGAUGCUCAUUUCGAUGAAGAUGAAAGGUGGACCAACAAUUACCUAGAAUACAACUUAUAUCGAGUUGCAGCUCAUGAAUUGGGCCAUUCCCUUGGACUCUCUCAUUCUACUGAUAUUGGGGCUCUGAUGUACCCCAACUAUAUCUUCAGUGGUGAUGUUCAGCUAUCUCAGGAUGACAUCAAUGGUAUCCAGGCCAUAUAUGGACCUUCCCAAAAUCCCAUCCAGCCAACCGGCCCCCAAACCCCGCAGACAUGUGAUAAUAAGCUAACCUUUGAUGCUGUGACUACAAUUCGGGGAGAAGUGAUGUUCUUUAAAGACAGGUUCUACAUGCGUGCAAAUUCCUUCUACCCAGAAGUUGAGCUCAAUUUCAUUUCUGUUUUCUGGCCCCAUCUGCCAAAUGGACUUCAGGCUGCUUAUGAGGUUGUUGAUAGAGACGAAAUCAGGUUUUUCAAAGGUAAUAAGUACUGGGCUUUUCAGGGGAUGGAAAUGCUACACGGAUACCCCAAGAACAUCCACAGAUCCUUUGGCUUCCCGAUAACUGUGAAGAAUAUCGACGCUGCUGUUUCUGAUGAAAAUACUGGGAAAACAUACUUCUUCGUUGCUAAAAAGUACUGGAGGUAUGAUGAAUAUAAACAAUCCAUGGAUGCAGGUUAUCCCAAAAUGAUAGCAGAUGACUUUCCUGGAAUUGGUAACAAAGUUGACGCUGUUUUCCAGAAAGAUGGAUUUUUCUAUUUCUUUCUUGGAACAAGACAAUAUAAAUUUGAUCCUAAAACCAAGAGAAUUUUGAGUCUCCAGAAAGCUAAUAGCUGGUUCAAAUGCAGUAAAAAUUGAUCAACUGUUAACAAAGUUGAACAGAAAAAUGUAUUUCAAGGGCCUAAAUAAGAGCCUUAUGUGUACAUAAAAUAUAUAGUUUCUAAGUAUAUAAUCUUAUUUAUACCUCAUUCUGCAUAUUUUUAAACAUUUAGAAUGUAGUGUUUUAUGUACUGCUAUAAAUUAGUUCCAUAAAUAAGAGCUAAGGAAGGUGAAGUCCAUGACUCAUGGAUUCACAUGGGUCAAUUUUUGUAAAGAGAGAAGCUCUUUUCCAAAGUAUAAGACUGAUAUUGAUCCUGGAGAGCAGCCUCAGUGAUGAACACCUCCUCUCAAGAAAGAGGCAAGAGUUAUGAACCUUCACCAAGGAAAAGCAGUUCAGAAACACAUGAGCAGCUGCUGCUAUCAUCUUAAUAUACAAGGGACAAUUUUUAUUACAGAAAAUAAAGUGUUUUACAUAUUUGGGAUAAAAC